ACACGCAACUAUGCCAUACACAUGAAAGUUUGAGGUUGUAUUGUCUCUUCCUUUUCUCUUUCCGCCAAGAAAACACCAACCUCAGUUACAACUAAUCUAUCCGUUUGAUUCGUUGAGGUUAUGGCGUUUUGGCACAGAAUUGUAGAGCCUAAGCUGAGAACUCUGUGCACACAAUUCCAUAGAUUUUACAUUCACCCUCCGCAUGCUUCUUCCAUCAAUUCCGCACCCAAACCCUGCACUUUGGUCACCCCACAUCUGCAUUCGGUUUUUCGUGGCAAACCCACUAAUCUUUUUAAUAGCGUGAGGUUUUUUGCAGCUCCCGUUCAGUUUCAGGCAAAGACCAAAACGGAGGAUAACUGCACCAGCGGGUAUCGGUUGAAUGACCAGAUCAAAGCUCCAUAUGUUAGGCUUGUGAUUGAUGAUGGGCAUUCAGUAGUAUCAAGGUUUGAAGCUUUGGAACGUGCCAAGAUGCUUAAACUUGAUUUAGUUGAGGUUCAGAAGAGUGCUAAUCCACCUGUUUGUAAAAUUAUGGACUUCCACAAGGAAACGUAUAAGCGGCAAGAAAGGGAAAAGGAGCGUGCUAAAACCAAGGCCGACAUGAAACUGCGAAAAGAUUGUAAGGAAGUGCGAUUUUCUGAAAAAACUGAAGCAAAAGAUAUGAAGAUGAAAGCAGAUAUGGUUAAAAAGUUAAUGGAGAAGGGUUAUCGGGUGAAGUGCAAGGUAUCAGGCAAGGAAGAUCAAGACUUGACAGGAUUAUUAUGUCGUCUUCUUGCUCUGAUAGAAGAUGUCUGUAUUGUGGAAAAUGGACCACAUAUGGCAAAAAAAGAUGCAUAUAUGAUUGUUAGACAUGUUAAAUAUGGGCUAUCUAAGAAAGGUGGGAGAAAAUUGCAAGAUGAAACGGCUGUUAAGGCUCACGAUGGUAAUAUGGAAAUAUCUAGUGAGAGUAAUGCAGAAUCUGGGUUUGAAUCGGAGGCGGAGGUGCUUUCUGAUGAUGCUUUCUCUGUAUUUAGCAACAAUACGAAUGUGACCUCUCCUGAUUAUCAAACAAAUGCUGCUCCUGAAGCAGCCUUUCUGUCAAGAAGUAAUGAUUCAAUGUCUGAAAAUAGGUAUAGAAGAACUGAACAUCAUGGCCAGAAUAAGGUCCAAUCUAAUACACAAGUUCCUUCUGCGGUGACUGAGAAUAGGUAUAGAAGAACUGAUCAUCAUGGUGGGAAUAAGGUCCAAUCUAAUGCACAAGUUCCUCCUGCUGUGACUGAGAAUAGGUACAAAAGAGUAGAGUCAAGAAACAGAUUUCAACAAACAUCAUCAAAUAAUACAGGUCGUCCGGGAAUAAGAGAUGCGGUCAGGCCAACACCCUCAAAUUGGAAUCAUAUGAGACAUGUCCCAGUAAAUGAAAAUCUUAAUCCCAAAAUAGAAAAUAACAAGCAAGCUUUUACUCCUGGAUCAAGACACUCAAUGCCUCACCAUAAUAAUAACCCCAGGAAUCCUAAUGCUGCUAAUACCCCAAGACCUGGUUAUGGCUCUUUUAGUGCUCCAAAUGAGGGUAUCCCUAAGCAUCCUAGUCCUCCCAAUACACCAACAUCUACUAGUUAUGGCCUUUUUAGCUCUCCAAAAGGCCCUGAGACUCAAGGUGCAAAAGCUGGGAUGCAUAGGAACAGAGAAGGGAACUUUCAAGAUUCUACUUGGCAACAGUUCAACCAGGAGUCUCAGUAAUUUGAGAAAAUAAGAGUCAUCGGAGAAGGUGUAUUAGCAUCUCAUGCAUAGAAUAGAAGAGGGGCGUGUCAAAGAUGAGCUAUAUAUGAUGGCAAACAUGUUACAAUGAGACAUUAUCUUCUCUAGAGGCAUGAAGCAAUGGUUGACACGCUUACUUCACAAAGCUUGCAGCUGUUUUUACUAUUUAUUUACAUUGGUUGAUCUAUGAAAAGCUUUGUUUAUUUAGCUGAAUUUUGGGGGGAAUUUUGCAUCAUCUAAUAAUAUUGGUGGUUCUAGCAUGGAGGUGAACAAUUUUGAAUGCUUUUUUAUUUAUUUGUUUUAUUUGACUGUGAAGGUGGAGAUUUUUUUAACUACCCCACUGAAAAUUUUGAUAUACUAUGUAUCUGUUUUGCCACUCCUUUAUGGUUCUAGGCACAAUCUGAUUCUAUUACUGUUUCAUUUGUUCUGAAUUUCCCAACUUUGGGUGGGAUGGUAAUAAUAACAACAAUUUU